AGCGCUGCUGCUGCAAACCCUCCGGAUCUGCGGACAUAAACAAACGCACGCAGCCGGGCCGCGGACACCCUGACGAGCAUCCAAACCCACCGGUACCUGCUUCUCCAGCCCUGCCGCUUCACCUGAACGGAUUCUGGGUCCUGACGCUGAUACCGAACUGCUGUUUCUACACCACUUAUGCAUUAGUGUGCGGGGAGAAGUGCGGAAUGACGGAGCUUAGGAAGCGAGGAGCGGGAGGCGGGGAGCCUGACAGCAACAUCAGCGACAAGGAAGAAGACAGACUGGGCCUGACCAAUGAGGGUGAAGCAGACACCCCCGACGUGCCCCCGUCUACAGACAACACUCCCGAGUGUCUCAACAAAGCCCUGGAGGGCCUGUCGUCCAGAUGGAAGAACUGGUGGGUACGAGGGAUUUUAUCACUCACAAUGAUCAUAGGCUUUUUCCUCAUCAUCUACUUGGGACCCAUUAUGCUUAUGUUUGUUGUUAUGUCUGUUCAAAUCAAGUGUUUUCAGGAAAUCAUAACCAUCGGCUAUAGAGUUUACCAUUCCUACGAGCUGCCCUGGUUCAGAACCCUGAGCUGGUACUUUCUGAUUUGUGUGAACUACUUCUUCUAUGGCGAGACAGUAGCCGAUUAUUUUGGUGUGUUAGUCCAAAGGGAGGAACCGCUGCAGUUCCUCGUUCGCUAUCAUCGCUUCAUUUCCUUUACCUUAUACCUGGCAGGUUUCUGCAUGUUUGUUCUGAGCUUAGUGAAGAAACAUUACCGCCUGCAGUUUUACAUGUUUGCAUGGACCCAUGUGACGCUGUUGAUUGUGGUAACUCAGUCUCAUCUGGUCAUUCAAAACCUUUUUGAAGGAAUGAUUUGGUUCAUUGUACCGAUUUCGAUCGUCAUCUGUAAUGACAUCAUGGCUUACCUGUUCGGCUUCUUCUUUGGAAGAACGCCUUUGAUUAAGCUCUCUCCAAAGAAGACCUGGGAAGGCUUUAUUGGAGGAUUCUUCUCUACGGUGGUUUUCGGGUUCAUUUUUGCUUACCUGCUCUCCCAGUACCAGUACUUCGUCUGCCCGGUCGAGUACAACAGCGAGACCAACCGGUUCGCAGUGGAAUGUGAACCCUCGGAGCUGUUCGUGCUGCAGGAGUACAAGCUGCCCGCGGCGGUGCAGAACGUCCUGAGAUGGGAAACGGUGAAUCUGUACCCAUUUCAAAUCCACAGCAUCGCUCUCUCCACGUUCGGUUCGCUAAUCGGCCCCUUCGGUGGCUUCUUCGCCAGUGGAUUCAAAAGAGCUUUUAAAAUCAAGGAUUUUGCGGACACCAUCCCCGGACAUGGUGGCAUCAUGGACCGAUUCGACUGUCAGUAUCUGAUGGCCACAUUUGUUCACGUUUACAUAGCAAGCUUUAUAAGAGGUCCGAACCCCAGCAAGGUCUUACAGCAGCUGCUCGUCCUGCAACCCGAACAGCAGCUCAGCAUCUUCAACAUGCUGGGCAACCACCUGAGAGAGAAGGGCGUGCUGCCCCCUGCUGCGCCGCAGGAGUGAAUCCUCCCUCACCCUAUUCAUUUCACUUACUUGACUGUGGACGCACAACCACACGUACGCUGCAGUGCAGAGAAGGUCUGCAGCUCCCUUCCUAUAGAACAAGACGAACACUUCCGCCGAACGAACACCUCGUCACAGUACACACACACACACACACACACACAAGGGCCGGAGAGCAGAACAAAAAAAAGGGAGCAUGUGGUAAGUGAACGUUGGGGUUUAUGAAGGGUUAUAAUGCACAGCGAGAGGACUGCGCUGAUUUUGAAUCUGAUUCUAGUGUCUUUUUUUUUUUUUAAAGGCUAUUUUUAGUCCAGUAAGCCAGUGUUUCCCAACCUUUUUGAGCCAGGCACAUAUUUCACGUUAGAAAAAUCACAAGGCACACUACCAAGAAGUUGUACCGCCCUCUAGUGGAAGAGAAUGUAAUUGUUCUGCCUGUAACUACACACCGCAGUACCAAUCAGGUGAAAUUGGAUAAUCUUCCACGGCACACCUGAUGAUUUCUCACGGCACACUUAUGUGCCGCGGCACAGUGGUUGGGAAACACUGCAGUAAGCUGUGAUUAUGUUCUUUUAACCAGUGCUGAUAAUCUAUCAGCUACACGUUUAAUCAUGAUCCUUGAGCCAUACAGUUACUGCAUCUCCUACAAUCGUUCUUUGGGUUUUUUCUAUUCUUUAUAUAGAACCACAAUUAAAAAAAAUUGUUGGGACGCUGCGUAAAGUAUAUAAAUGUUAAUAAAACAAAGAACGAGAUGAUUUGCAAAUCUAACAAGCCUAUGUUUUAUGCACAGUAGAACACAGAAGUAUCAGAUGCUGAAAGUGAGACAUUUUACCAUUUUUUACCAUGUUUACCUUUGCAUUUUCCCCUUCUCGUCUUCCAUUUUUGCUGCUCGCGCCACCCCUGUACCGACCAAGGCGAGCCACGAUCACCGUGCGCCUGCCCCUGACGUGUGUGAGGUCGCCAGCCAGUGAUGGAUUGCACUAUGCCCUCUGUCAAUCAUCCGCCCUUGUGCAGAGCUAGAUUUAAAUGCAGUCUAUGUAGAGAGCUCAUUAGAUUGAGACCGAUGCUUAUUGUGUAACGUCCCC